UCAACAAGACAGAUUUCUGCCUGGUUUGUCAAAGUAGAGCGAAUCACUCUCAUUAAUCCAAAAUAUGUUAAAGUUAUUAUAAUUCAGAUAAGUCUCAUUAGUUUUGUUUCGUAUGGUUAAGGGUCAUUUUUGUUAAUAUACGUUAAAUUUUAUUGGAGUUCUCGAAGUUUUUUAGAAAUUAGAGAAGUCAGCUGACGAACGUAAACAAAGGGCAUGUCAUUCAUAUACGAAGUGCAAGUGGUGAAAUUUAUUAUAACGAGUGCUUUGUGAUCUUCAAAACAAUGGAUAUAGAUGGAUCCUCUUUACCGGAGGAGAUCGAUCAAAAUCUCCUAUUACAAUUUAGUUGUAUGAACACUACAGACAGAGAAGAACUUGUAAGCCAAAUGCAAAGACUUUUAGGACCCAGUUUAAAUAGUAACACUGCUAGUUUCUUCUUAGACAUGACCAAUUGGAACCUGCAGGCUGCAAUAUGUUGUUACUUAGAUUAUACAUUACCACCUAAGCUUCCAUCUAUGUCACUGAAAGCUGCUCAAAAUCAAGAGACUGCUGUUGGGCCUGGUACCUGUUUUGAACAAACCUGGAGUAUUGCUAACACAGGAACUGACAGCUGGCCAGGUAGUUGUAGAUUGAUACAGGCUGGUGGUGAACCCCUGGGUGCUACUCCUGUCUAUGUUCCCCCUCUACCACCUGGACACACUACUACAGUUUCAUUAAAGUUAGUCGCGCCUAGUAACCCUGGAACCCAUAGAGGCUAUUUCCAUUUGGUGACGGACAGAGGUGACCAAAUAGGUGAUACAUUAUGGGUAGAAAUAACAGUGGAAUCAGAGAUGACCAUGGCUCUUGUAGAGCAAUUAGCUGCCUUGCCUAUCCCAAGUAGUAGGUUGGAAGAUUCAGUCAAUCAGAUGCCAUCACAGGACGACCAAAUGUGUUGAUAAAUCAUGUUAACAAAGUUUUAUUUGGAAAGAUAAUUGUUUUACAUAUAUUUUUUGUAUACUUCCAUUCUGCAUUUUAGUAUGUAAUAAGACAUUUUAUGAUAAUGAAAUUAUAUGAUCACUUGACUUUCAAAUAAUAUCCAUUUAUAAACUAACAAACAAUCAACAAAGCUAACAAACAUAAUGUAAAAGUCGUUUACAUCGAAUAAUGUUGAAAUGUGUUACAUGGUUAAGUAUGGUAACAUAUAAAGAUGAGGUACAUAAUAAAAUAAAUAAAAAAUAUAGAUGAGGUACAUAAUAAAAUAAAUAAAAAAUAAAUAAAUCUCCGACACAAUAUCCCUUUAAAAAGUAAGAAAUAAGAAAAUGACAAUCUUGGUACGUAUUUAAGAAAUAUGUCGCGUUGGGGAUGCGCUCCAAACAUGGCUAUGAAUAAUUGCACGUAAACUACCUUUAAUGAAAAAAAAAUCAAAUAUGGUAUUGCUUCAUCAGUUUGUGAGCUUGAUUCCACAGACAGGCCAACAGACACGUCAAAUUUAAAACACACCUUUUUAUUCGUCGGGGGUUAAAAAUAACUUAAUUUACAAACGAUUUGUUUGUAAAUUAAGUUAUUUUUAAUCAGCAUGAAUACUUGAGCCACUGGCCACAGCAAGAAUACUCUACAGAUCGCCUCAAUUUUCAGUACCAAAUUGUUAAAACGAUUUGGAUGAAAGAAAAAAAAAAAACUUUAUAAACUUACUUACAUUGAAUAAUAAUGUAAAAGAUCAUUGUGGAAAUUUUAUAAUUUAUCUUUAUGAUAAGGUCAUGUUAGGGUAGCUAUAACCUUUAGCUUUGUUGAUUGUUACUUCCAAGUAAUUAUGCCUAUUAAAAGUGACCACAAAAUAAAUUUUGUAUAAACUGUAUUCAUUUGAAAGUUGGUCCAAGUUCAGAUAUGAUUUUGUGAGACGUUCAGUCACCAUUCACCACAUGGGAGACUCAAAGCAUGUAGGUACUACAUAUAGUACUACUCUGAGAGUUUACUAAGUUUAUACCCUAGUAUAUACUCCUAAGUUUACUAAGCACUAGGUAGACGAUGCUCGAAAUAUGCCAAUUGUGGGACCGAGGAUUAAAAAUACUGCAUUUCACAUCUUGAGAAUGUUGCAAAAUAUAGAUUUUGUGAAGUGACUAUUCUAUGUCGCGCUUGACAUAUUCCUCACCUGGGAGGCUCAGGUCUCUCUAAGUAAAACCUACAUGAUUAGAUAUGGGCCACUGAGGCUUAAGAACAACGUUAUAAUUUCGAGUCAGGACCACUUUUACUCAACUUCUAUAUCAUGUUAUUCUUCUAUACAUUUGUUGCUGCAGUGUUUGCAAGCAGGCCAUACAGAAAAGGAUGUAUUUCUUGAAUAGAAGACUAAUUUACCGAUUAAUGUGGGAAAUAAUGUACAAAAUGCAUAAAUAGUUUUGAAUGUUACAUAGAGAUAAGAAAACAGAAUUAUGAAUUUGUUAAGGUAUUGUUGAAAUUUAUAUCUUAUAAUGUGAAUUUUAUUAGCAUUACUAUGAUUGAAUUAGGUUUACUAUGCCAUUAAGGUAAUUGGGAUUUUAUUGCUAGCAUCACGAAACUUGUAAUAAUAUUAAAUUGAUAAAAUAGA